CAAAGGGCCCAGCCCCGCCCCAUCAUUCAUAUCACACUCAGGUGCGCUCGCUCCUCAGACAUCCGUCCACUCUCCUCCUUUCAUUCAGCUUCUGCACAGCGCUGCUCGUUGCAAGAGACAAGAUGGCAAUGAAAUUGGCAAACUGGAAAACACGCGAGCUUGCUCAACCGAUCCGUCUUCUGUUGGAAUACACUGGUACUAAGUAUGAGGAGAAGUUCUAUCCUUGUGGUGAUGGUCCCAACUACGACAAAAGCUGUUGGAUUAAUGAGAAAGAGAAACUUGGGAUGAACUUUCCUAAUUUGCCCUACCUAGUGGAUGGAGACAAGAAAGUGGUCCAAAGCAAUGCCAUAAUGAGAUACAUCGCCCUCAAACACAACCUCUGUGGGGAAACUGAAGAAGAGCAGGUGAGAGUUGAUAUCUUGGAAAACCAGGCGAUGGAUUUCCGCAAUGGUUUUGUCCAGCUUUGCUAUGGAGACUUUGACAAAAAUAAAUCAAGCUACAGUCAGAAAUUGCCAGGAUCUCUAAAGCAGUUCUCUGAAUUCCUGGGUGACAGGAAGUGGUUUGCUGGGGACAAGAUCACAUUUGUGGACUUCAUCAUGUACGAGCUUCUGGAUUUGCAUCUUAUGUUUUGCCUGGACUGCCUGGAUAAGUACAUAAACCUGAGACAUUUCCAGGAUAGAUUUGAGAGCCUUGAGAAGAUCGUAGAUUACAUGAAGUCGAACAGGUUCAUCAGAAAUCCUGUGAACAACAAGAUGGCCAAAUGGGGAAACAAGGAGUGAAAAAUAACAAGAUUUUGUCUUGAUUUGUUUUUUGGACAACCUUCCCAAUAAUAAAAAAAAAAAGAAUAACUAAAUUUACAUUCUAAUAAAAAAGUGUAUUAGAUAUUUUACUGUUUAGCUUUCCUUUUUAAAUAAAAACAUGAAUUCAGGAACUUAUUUUUACCCAAUAAAGCAUUAUUGCUUCGAAAUGAAAUGGUCAUGAAUGAUAUAAUGCAAUCCUGCAUUCAAAACAGGUUUUUAAACCAAAGGCAUCCCGAACGAACUGUACUGUUUUGGAUUGUAGAACUUUUUUGUAAAUUGAAACUUAAAUAUAACAAACAAAUUUAACAACAAAAUCAAAAGCUUACUUUAAGACCAAUAAACCAUGGCUACUAAUGUUGA